AGAAACAAACAAACUUGGCUUUAACUGACGAAGUUAUUGAGAUAUUCAUGAGGCCAGACCUUUCAGUUUGUGCAAUACGCGGAUGCUGAUAUUCUUUGAGCCGCCGAGUUACGAUGAAUUAGAACGAAAUUUCUUCAUUUCAAAUUUCAACGUAUCCACAACAACGGCUUAAAUCGGGAAACUUUACGUCUAUAUUAUCAUGUUAAUAAAGACAAGUUUGAUUGCAAGGAUAGUUUUGCUCAUCCAGUGAUUAAGUUGUUACGAUGACCCCUGUACCAAUAUUUGGAGUUGUGGAAUAUUUAUCACGAUUUUGCCAGCUUUGAUCGUCUGCUUUAUACACCGUCCAGAAGUGACCGUCUAGUGAUAAUAAGACUGACAACAUUUCUGCAUGAGCAAGCCCUUCUGAAUGGUGACGACAUCGACAACGGCCACCACAGCGUCAAUGACGACCGACCCGUGACGGUCGGCGAGCAGGUGCGACAGGACAGCGACUCGGCCGGUGGGGCCCCCGUCCUCGCCACCGCCCAUCUCACCAUGGACCAGAGGCCGUCGAAGGACUUCGGCGGGGGCGGGGACGAGUCGGGGGUGGGGUCGAUAACCGAUGGUUCCUCGGUGGCGAGCAAGAGGGGGAAUAAGAUGGGGAGGGAUGACGAUUCGGACCAAAGCGAUAGCGGGUGGGAUACAGACUUGGAAGUAGAUGAAACAGAAAAGAUAGAGGCGUAUGACCCGACUGGCCGUAAAACCUACAAAAAGGCUUGCCUUGAUAUCGGUGUUGUGCCCGCUUCACAUUUCUUGCGUCACAUGACCACGAGUCGAGUCUCGAUGAAGCACCAUGGGGUUGGACCUCAAGGCGCCAAGGCCAUUGCAGUAGCCCUUGUGGCGAAUACAACGGUUUUAACCUUGGACUUGGAGGAUAAUUGGAUUGAGGGGGAAGGUGGCGUGUAUGUUGCUGAUAUGCUCAAAGAAAAUUGCUAUAUAAGUGACCUUAAUCUUGCCGAGAAUAAAAUAGGAUCAAAAGGAGCCAAGGCAAUGGGAGAGAUGUUAUUAGACAACACAAACUUGAGAAGAGUCAACCUAUCUGGUAAUGACUUCAAAGACAAAGAUGCAAAUGAAUUCACCGAUGCAUUUAGGACAAACUACAGGAUAAAAGAGCUCAUCCUAAGUCACAAUGAGUUUGGUGAGGUAGGAGGGGAGAUCCUUGGACAUGGAAUAGGUGCAACUGAAUCUAUAGAACAUUUGAACCUCAGCUGGAACCACCUGAGAAGGAAAGGGGCAAUAGCCAUCUGCAGAGGAUUGGCGGAAAACCUUAGUAUUAAGAGAUUGAACCUCUCCUGGAACGGCUUCGGCAAUGAGGGUGCGCUGGCCAUGGCAGAGGCUCUCAAGUUCAACAGCACGCUGCAAUGGUUGGACCUGAGUAACAACAGGAUCACCAACGAGGGCGCCUUCAUGCUGUCCAAGGGCGUAGAGAUCAACGACAGUAUCAAGGUCUUGAAGCUUGGUCAAAACCCCAUUACAGCAGCUGGAGCUAUGGCAAUUCUCAUUGCAGUGAAGAACAAUUCAAACACUGUACUAGAACUACUAGACUUUGCAGAUAUCACAGUGAACAAAGACUGCGUGAAACUGUUGACCGAACUGAAGGAGAUUCGUCCAGAGUUCCUGGUCACCUACAAGUCAUCCUUUGGCCAGUUUGAGAAGCCUCCCGAGAAGGAGCCAGAUCCCAUAAAGAUGCUCAAAGACUUCAUCUCGGCAAAUAACCUGAGAGUAUGGGACCUCUUCAAGGCUUACGACAAGGACAAGAGCUUGACAGUCACCCGAGAGGAGUUCAAGAAAGGACUAGUGAGCUCGGGUUUACAGAUGAAACCGCAUCUAUUGAACAGACUGGUAGAAACAUUAGACAAGGAUGGGGAUGGAGAGAUUGAUUAUGGAGAGCUUAAGAUUGGCCAUGCUGAGAUGAUACAAGCCGAACGCGAGGAGCGCAAGCGACAGAUGGAACGGGUGCAGCAGAACAGGCGGAACCCACUCUACAAGCCGGUCGCCGAACAGUUCCAGGACCUGAAGCCCAAGGUGGUCCGCGAUGCGCUGUCGCCGGAUCGUCUCCAGAAGCUGCGCACCACCAUCAAACCAGACACAACUCAGUGGGACUCGCGAGGGAGGAAGGCCGAUACUGUCAGUGCGGGUAUAAGGUCUCUGGAUGCAACGGUCAACUUCACCAGCGAACUUGAUGAAAAGUAUGUUCACGAGGAACAGUGGUUGAGCAAGACCCUGGAGCAAGCACCUAGGACACCUAGCCCUGGUGGGUCAAGGGCCAAGACCCCAAGGGCCAAGAGUCCUAGGGCCAAGAGUCCUGGGUCUAAAUCCCCAACCAAAUCACCAAAGACAAAUGCCCUGAAUGCAACGCUGUGAUGAAUGCUACAUGAACAAACUUGAAAUACUGUCCUUGAAAGGCAGUGUAGAAUUUAAUGCUAUGGUCACAUUGGCGAAACCAACUCCAGGGGCCCGUAACACAAAACUUAGCAAUGAUCGUAGAACAUUUUUCUAUGAUUGAUUGCAUUCAAUCGUGAAAAUCAAGCGUACGAUCAAUCACUAACCUUUGUGUUACUGGACCCAGGUCAAUCAUACAACACUUUAUCAAAUGGCAUACCAUUGGUUGGUUUGGAAUCAGUUUCGUUGCUGUAACUAACGCAUAAGUAUGAUGUUUCUAUGCAAAAAUGAUGCAUUCAUUUGUAUUAUCAAUUUGUUCAAAAACGGUAAUUAUUCAUACAUAUGUAGGCCUUAUUUUAUAAUUAUCUGAGGAUUGCCUUAAACAGUCUGACAAUGCAUUUGGUUAUUCUUUCAAUAUUCCGUCCACCCCUAACCCAGAGAGGUAACCAUAGGCUGCCACAGGUAACAAAUUCUGACAUGGGUACAUGUACCUAUGAGGUUGGGGUACCAAAAAACACCCAAA